GGAAACGUGGGCAGUCCAAGCCCUUCAGGUGACCCGGGGCAUCAGCAACACUGCCCUGCUGGUCCAAUGGGAGCGCGCCCAGACCCCCAGGCUUAGCUCUCUUUAAAACACCCAGCGGGGUCCCCGCCAGGUAUCUCGCAGCGCUCAGCUGUCCCGCCUCAGGGAUGCUGCCCUGAGCGACUGAUCCCUCUGGAGACCGUGCAUGCCAGCCCGGCCAGGAAACGGAGGACGCCACAGACCCAAUCUCCCCCAGGCCUCUCCUGCACAGAAACACACGCUCCUGGCGCAUCCUCGGUUUCCAGAAGCUCUGAGGAGGGAGGCCCCCUCUUCUACCUUAUGUGUGGUGCAUCUUGCUGACCAUGAUCCUGAUACUCAGCUUCCUGCUGCUGCUGGGGCUCUGCCGGGACACCAUCUCAGAGGGGCCUCCGUCAUCCCCAAGAAGUACCCAUGGCCUGGAAUUUGAAUUGCCCUCGACCAGCUAUGAGACCAAAGAAUCUCACACACCCGGACCCAUUGGUGUUCUCUUUCAAAUGGUUCAUGGCUUCCUCCAUGUGGUGCAGCCCAAUGCUUUUCCCGAAGAUGUUUUAAGAAAAAUAAUACAAAGGAAGUUUGACCUCUCAACUGAUUAUGAGAAGAUCAUCCACUAUGAGGUCGGCAUUAUUAUCUGUGCUGCCCUGGGGCUGCUCUUUGUCAUCCUGAUGCCUCUGGUGGGGUUUUUCUUCGGUUUAUGCCGAUGCUGUAACAAGUGUGGUGGAGAAAUGCACCAGCGAGAGAAGAGGAACGCGGCCUUCCUGAGGAAAUGCUACGCAGUCUCCCUCUUGGUGAUCUGUAUAUUUAUAAGCGUUGGUAUCAUCUGUGGUUUUGUGGCAAACGACCACCUCAGGACCCAGAUCGGCAAGACACAGAAGCUGGCGGACAGCAAUCUCAGAGACCUGAGGACUCUCCUGAACGAAACUCCAUCGCAAAUCAACUAUGUACUGGGCCAGUAUACCACCACUAAGGAAAAGGCAUUCUGGGAUCUGGACAAUAUCAAGUCAUUGCUCGGAGGCGGCAUUCACGAACAGCUGAGGCCUAAAGUGAUCCCCGUUCUUGAUGACAUCAAGGCCAUGGCGGCGGCAAUCAAAGAGACCAAAGAAGCGCUGCUGAACGUGAACAAAACCUUAGAGGAUCUGAAAAAAUCAACUGCACGACUUAGUACCAGCCUGCAUGAGGUAAAGACGAACCUGGAGCAAUCACUCAAUGACCCCAUGUGCUCCGAACGAGCGGAGAUGGCCACUUGCAAUGACAUCAGAAAGACUCUAAACCAACUGGAUGACAACACCAACUUGAGUCAGCUCCCAUCUUUGGAUAAGCAAAUUGAUAAUGUUACUGACGUUCUUCGAACAGAUUUAUCCAGUCUGGUCCAAGAGGGCUAUAAAUCCUUCAAUGAUAUACCUGAGAGGGUGCAAAACCAAACCGUGGACAUGGUAUCAGAUAUCAAAGGUACCUUGAAUUCCAUUGGUUCAAAUAUUGGAAAUAUAAACAAACAGAUGUCCAUUCGGGAUAAGCUGUCGAGUUUCUCGGAUCAACUUGACUACAUUGAAACUUACAUCCACCGCAGGCUGCCCACGCUGGAAGAAUAUGAUUCAUACAGGUGGCUGGGCGGCUUGGUAGCCUGCUCUUUGCUGACUCUCAUCGCGACAUUUUAUUACCUGGGCUUAUUGUGUGGCUGGUUUGGCUAUGACCAGAAUGCGACCCCCACCAGGCGAGGCUGCGUCUCAAACACCGGGGGUGUCUUCCUCAUGGUAGGGGUUGGAAUCAGUUUCCUCUUUUGUUGGAUAUUGAUGAUCAUUGUGGUUCUUUCUUUUGUCGUUGGUGGAAAUGUGGAAAAAUUGGUCUGUGAACCUUACCAAAACAAGAAGUUAUUCCAGAUUUUGGACACACCAUAUUUACUAAAUGAGGAAUGGAAAUACUAUCUCUCUGGCAUGGUACUUAACAAACCAGAUAUUAAUCUCACUUUUCAACAAGUUUACAGCGACUGCAAAGACAACAAAGGCAUCUACACCACACUGAAGCUGGAGAACAGCUACAAUAUCAGUGAAUACCUCAACAUCCAAGAGCUCACCAAAAACAUAAGCAGUGAUUUUGAAAACAUGAAGGUGAAGAUCGACAAUAUUGUCCUGCUGGAUGCAGCAGGGAAAAAAAAUCUGCAGGAUUUCAGCUCUUCCGGGGUGGACAGAAUAGAUUAUGGCACUUACCUGGCAGAGACGGCUAAAAUGCCCACAAAAGUGCAUCUCGUAACAUUUGCAGAUGGUCUAGAAGGAAAAGCCAACAAGUUGCCUCAAGGAAAUGUGAGGCAGUCCUUGGCAAGUAACGCACGGAAGAUUAGAAAGAUUUACGACGGCCAGGUCGUGCCGCUGGGAUCGUCCAUGACAACUCUGCAUCGAAGCAUUCAGGAGCUUCAACACAAAAGCAAUGGAUUGGGGGUGAAAGUGCACAAUAUCAUUUCCUCUUUGGAUUCUGCUCAGGACUUUAUCACAAACCACAUUUCCUCUAUUAUUGUUCAAGAAAGUAAGAAGUAUGGGAAUAUGAUAAUUGGCUAUUUUGAACAUUAUCUGAAGUGGGUCAAGAUCUCUAUUACUGAGGAAAUUGCAGCCUGCAAGCCUAUGGCCACCGCUUUAGAUUCUGCUGUUGAUGUCUUUCUGUGCAACUACAUCAUCAAACCCAUGAAUCUGUUUUGGUUUGGCAUAGGAAAAGCUACCAUAUUUUUACUCCCGGCUCUAAUUUUUGCUGUAAAGCUGGCCAAGUACUACCGGCGGAUGGAUUCGGAGGAUGUGUACGACGAUGUUGAAAAUAUACCCAUGAAAAACAUGCAAAAGGGUAAUAUUGAUUUCCAUAGACAUCAAACCACUCAGAAUCUAUGAACAAAGCUGUUACACAGAUCCAACUGCACGGGUUCUUGUUCUUCAGCGUCUGCAAAUUUUGGAAAGGAAAUCUGCCCCUCAGGAGUUUACAGAUUCGGCGAGACCGUAUGAAACACAGGCCAAGGGCCCGAGAGGGGAAGGUGCGCACGUCUGCCUUCCACCGUUGGAAGUCUGGCUUGAUCGCCUGAGCCCUCUGUAAAAGUCUGAGUAUGGAACACGCUCAUUCAGCUUCAGCUUAGCCCUUGGAACCAGGCGUGAAUUUUGUCACAUUUCGUGGCAUGGGAAGUUAGACUUGUAGUUGG